UCCAAACUGACAGGUGCUUUCCUUUACGAGCGCUGAGGGAGACUGACGCAGAGAGUUUCACCUGAUACCAACAACUUGUCGUUCCCAUCAACACAGUGGCAUUAUGGCUUCAUCAGCAUCUGCACCACACGCAUCUGAACUCAGGAUUCUAGUUUUUGGAAAGAGUCAAAAUAAAAAGACAAUACUAACCAACUUCAUCACAGGGAAAAAAGAUUUCCUGUUCGGAAAAAUGUCCAUGAACAGUACAGUGGUUCGAGGAGAGUGGAAGAAAAUGCCUUUGACGGUGGUGAAAACCUCAGAUGUCUUCAGUCUGCCUGUGGACAAAGUGAAACACGAGAUGAAGAGGUUUGUGGCUCUUUGUCCUCCAGGACCAAACGUUCUGCUGCUGUUAGUGAAGCCUUCUGAUUUCACAGAGGAUGAGAGAAAAAAACUUAAGUCCACCCUGAGUUUGUUUGGUCAAGAUGCUUUUAGACACUCGAUGGUCAUCCUGACGCAUGGCUCGGACGGACAGAAUCCAGCAGUGGAAAAACUCGUACAAGACUGCAGACACAGGCAGCACAGAUUCAACUUUGAUAAAUCUCUCGAAGAUCACAAUCCUCAAGAACUUAUCAAAAAGAUGGAGAAUGUAGUGAGUGACAACAAAGGAGGACAUCUAAACUACGCUGACGAGGCUGAUCCCAGGGCAGCAUCGCUAACUUCCAGACCUCCUCUGAACCUGGUACUGUGUGGGAGACACGGAGCCUGGAAGACUUCAGCAGCCAACGCCAUUCUGGGACAAAGAAAGUUUGGUCCAUCUGAUAACUCAGAGUGUGUUAAACAUCAGGGAGAGGUGUGUGGACGUCACGUUUCCCUGGUGGAGCUUCCUGCCUUGUACAGAAAACAUCAGGAGGAAGUAAGGAAUGAUGCCUUUGAGUGUUUAGUACUCUGUGAACGUGGGGGCAUCCACGCCUUCAUCCUGGUCCAACCUGUGGGUCCCCUAACUAAAGAAGACAAGAGGGAGUUAGAGACCAUCCAGACCACAUUCAGCUCUCAAGUCAAUGACUUCACCAUGGUUCUGUUCACUGUGGAGUCAGAUCCUACUGAUCCAGCUGUUGUGCACUUCGUGAACAACGACAGAAACAUCCAGCAGCUCUGCCAGAGCUGUGGAGGAAGAUCCGUUGUCUUUGAUGUCACCAACAACCAGCAGGUCCUUCAUAUGUUCCAUACAGUGGACAAGAUGACGGAUGGCGGAUCCAGAAGCUUCACAAAACAAAUGAUCGUCAAGCCUCGAGGAAUAAAGGUUGCAAGAUCUAAUCUUGAACAGAAGACGGCAGAUAACGAACGUCAGAGCUCAGAGUAUCUGAGGAUGGUGCUGAUCGGGAAGACUGGCAGCGGAAAAAGUGCCACUGCGAACACCAUUUUGGGCAAAGAAUGCUUUUAUUCUCGAGCUAGCUCGAAGUCAGUGACCAGGCUGUGCCAAAAAGAAACAGGAAAGAUUGAAGGACGGCCCGCUGUCAUCGUCGACACCCCCGGCUUGUUCGACACGACUCUGUCCAAUGACGAAGUCAAAGAGGAGCUGGUGAAGUGCGUCAGCUUGUUGUCUCCUGGACCUCACGUGUUCUUACUGGUGCUGCAGAUCGGCCGCUUCACAAAGGAGGAAAAAGAAACCGUGGAGCUGAUCAAGAAGUUUUUUGGCAAGAAGUCAGAAAACUUCAUCAUCAUUAUCUUUACCAGAGGAGAUGAUCUUCAAGAUCAGACGAUGGAAGAUUACUUGCAAGAAGACAGUGAGGACUUCAAAAAAGUGAUUAAUGAAUGUGGAGGAAGAUACCAGGUCUUCAAUAACAAAGAUCAGAAGAAUCGCUCUCAAGUCACACAGCUGUUGACCUAUGUGGAUACAAUGGUGAAGAAAAAUGGAGGAUGCUACACCACAGAGAUGUUCCAAGAGGCAGAGGCAGCCAUUCAAAGGGAAGUAAAGAGGAUCCUGAAAGAGAAAGAGGAAGCGAUACAGAGAGAGAAAGAGAGGCUGGAAAGGGAACGGGACGAAGAAUUUCAAGCAAAGAAGAAAAAACUUGAAGAACAAAGAGCAGAGAAAGACAAAGAACUCAAAGAUAAAGAGGAGUACAUCAACAAAGAGCAGGAGAAGAGGAAAAGAGAAGAGGAAAAGAGAGAAGAAGAGGACAGGGAUCAAAAAAUCCACGAAGAAUAUCUGCGAAGGCAGUGGGAACAAAAACUCGAAGCUCUGGAGAAGAAAAUAAAGACUGAGUCAGAGAAAAAUGAAUCUAUUGACAGGAAGCUGAUGCAAAACAGAGAAGAGAUGAGACAAGAGCGACAGGCUUGGGAAAAAGAACGAAAAGAAUGGUGGGAGAAACGACAUCUGGAAGAUAAGCAGAGACAAGACGAGGAGCAAGCACGACUCGAGAAGCUCAGAGAGGAAUAUGAGCAGGAAAAAAAUGAGAAUGAAAACAGAAGAAAGGAAGAAGAUAGACUCAGAAAAGUAACAGAGGAAAGAGAAUGGAAAGAAGCACAAGAAAACUAUGAGAGAAGAGUGGAGGCUAUGAAGAAGAAAAACGAAGAUGAGGCAAGAAAGCAAGCCGAGGUGUUCAAUGAGUUCAGACAAAAAUAUACAACAGACUUUGCAGCUCUGAUGGAAAAGCAUGACAAGGAAAUGGAGGACAUGAAGCAAAGGCAACAAAAAAACAAAGACUUCAUGCUGAGACACCUGCUGAUGAACAAAUCGUAUCAGAGAGACUUCGACAAACUGAAGAAGCAACAGGAACGAGAGAUGAUCGAGCUCAAACUCUCUACGGAGGACGAAAAAAUACUGAGUGAAGAAAUCAGCAAACUGCAGGAAAAACACAACGAAGAAGUCGGAGACUGGAUACAGCAACAUGUGGAGAAAGCUGCACAGGAGAAGUCCUGCAGCAUUUUAUGAGAUGCGUGCUGAACUACAGCAUAAUGUCAGCACACGUAUUUAACUUCAUCUCACUGUGGCUGUGUUUCAGUGAGAAAUGCUCUCAGACGGGUCUGUCUCCUGAAAUAAUUUUAUCUUUGCAAGUUAAAUAAAACUAAUAAAACACAGGAAAUACUGCUGCAAAUAUUCCUUCUCUUUUACAUCAAAUAUUAACUAAAAACUAAUAAAAUGUAUGGACAACACUGAACCUGUUACACAGAGAUCAUUAAAUAUUUAAUCAUGUAAUUUUUUACUUCAUAAAUCCAAAAAAGCAAACGCUGUGUAUAAUUAUAAUGAUCAUAAUAAUGAAUGUCAGUCUCACAGUUAAUAAACUGUCUUUUUUCUUG